AUGCAAACGACUUACUUUCAUGAUAUUCCAGUUGAACAAUUGGAAAACCUCAAAAUUGAGGAUGCGUCAAAAGACAACCAGGAAUUGAAGAGCGAGCAUAUCGAAUAUCACAGUCUUGAUACAGUACAAUCCAACGGUGAGCUAGUAUCGCGGCUCGAACAGCACGCAACGGCGGAUUCGGCGAAUGAUGAAAAGCCCAAAAUUCAUGCUGAAACCCAAGUAGACCUACCAUCUAAAAACAUUCAUAAAACCCUCGUGCAGGAUGGAGAACAUGUAAGCCUGGUUGAAUCUACUUCCGCUCCAAGCGAGGAACAGACAACUAAGGUAUUUCACGGAGCAGCUCGACUAAUUCAACCCGGUUCAGCAACUUCGAAUCCAUCAAAUGGUCACACUGCGGUACGUCGGGCAUUCAACGCCGACAUCACCAAGGAAACCAAGAAUAACAUGGACCACUAUUCAUCAUACGCCGGUGUACAAUAUUCACCUCUGGACAUGGCUGAAUAUGUCUUCUGGACUGGCGACGAACAUGGAGUAACUAAUGCAAUAGAGGAAUUUCUUCAAGAGGGAUUGAUGAACAAAGAAGAGGCCAUAGCGUUUCUACAAGAGAUAAAAUUUAACAUCGACUAUCUUCGGGCACAUUACGCUCAAACCAUUAACGCAGAAAACGCUCAGCAAGAUAAACUGAGGAACGCACUUUUAGAACAAAAUUCAAAGAUGUACCAAUACAGACCAAUGCUCCAAUCGUUCCCAUUCGGUGGUAGCCCUGAUAUCGUCCGGUCAAUCGCGAGCAAAUCCUGGGACAUGAGCAACAAUUUAAACGCUGUGCCAGCCCUACCAGUCUCAACUGAUCUCCGACCGGAGAUUGCGAAACGUGGCUACGAUCCUAUGCUGCAGACGAAUGUUAUCAGUACGUCUGACUAUGACCGCGAUGGAACCAUUGUGAGUGAAGAAGAGUAUGAAGAGAUGAUGGAUAAACUUCGAGCUGCUGACACCCUCUACACUGAGUAUACCCUGGAAGAGAUAAUCUACCAGCUAGCCAAGAUGAUGUUCUCACAGUCGCUAUCCCGGGAACCUGCGAGUGCGCGUGCGUCGAUGCAAAGAUUCAUGACCUUCCUCGAACUAGAAGCCGAAAGGGGACAGCUAUCCAGGAACAUUGAGAAGAAAGUUCUCGAUGUCAUGAUCGCAGCACUAACAGACACAAUCGGCGAUCACCCCGAGCUGUUGCAGUCCAGAGACGGCAUUUCCGCUAAUCCAGCUACAAGAAUUAUGCGACAAUUUGGCGAAAGCACACCAUCCACGGCCAUGAAUCGGGCCAUUCUUUCUGCCUACAAACACGAACUGCUAAAGGGACCUCCCCAUCAUUAA